AUGCCAUUCCUUGGGAAGAUUAAGUCUCAAUAUGAAAUGUGGAAGAUUAACAAGUACACUAGGCGUCGAUCCACAUUGGCCAAAGACUUUGAGCAAAGAGAUCCAGAUUUCUACAAGCAAAAUUAUGUAAACGGGGUAUAUUUAAACACCAUACCUAACCAAGAGAGUUACAACAAGAACUCCAGGAGCUUUGCAAAGAAACCCAGAAAAGUUCGAAAGACCGCGAAUUGUAUUGACUCAAAGUCUACGCACGUGUUAAAGUCGGUCACCAUGAAACUCGUAAGGUUUGUGAAGAGAGACAUCACGAACCCCGUUUCGUGGUUUUCAAUCAUGUUGAACAAUGAAACGGUUACGAUAGAACUCAAAAAUGGGACCAUAGUUCACGGAACGAUUACCGGGGUUGACAUGAGUAUGAAUACUCACCUUAAAACCGUUAAAAUGACGGUGAAAAACAAGGAUCCCGUCAACUUGGACUCUUUGAGCAUCAGAGGGAAUAACAUCAGAUAUUACAUUUUACCGGAUUCGCUCCCAUUGGAUACCCUUUUGGUAGACGAUACACCAAAGGCCAAAGCAAAAAAGAAAGAAA